AUGGAGCCUCAUUCGCACCCUCUCCUGUCUCAGAAUGGUUCGCCUCGCCUUCCACAGACCCUCGUCCUGCUGCUGAGGACGUGCCUGGCUGAUCCGAGCAACCAUCCGGAACCAGUAGCUCACACCGACCUUUCCGUCUGGCCCUCUAUAAGACGCUCCGUCGUCAACUUCCUCUGGCUGCCAAAUCCCUUUGAUCGUCGCUGGGAUACCCCCAUUUUGUCUUUGGUGGGCAUGGUCAAGUUGACAGCGCUGUGUGGUAUCGGUUCUGCGCUCUGGCUAUGGAGCAAACGCAAUGAAAAGGGAAAGAGGGCUGCCUCUCUGGAUGAUUCUACCCAUGCAACCGAAGCUUCUGAUGUUGAUAUUAUUGCUACAGAUCCGGGACUGCUCAAGAAACACUCUACCAUUCGCGAAUUCAAAGUCCCUAACGGCUUUACCUAUCCACGUAUACGUACCUUUUUCCGGCCGCAUCCGCAAGAGCAGAAGCUCCCCCAGAAGCCUCGCCCUGUACCCCUUUUGGUUUUUAUCCAUGGCUUAGGGGGCUCUGUCGCUCAGUUCAACCCCAUCCUGAUCAGUCUUUCCAACCUCGCCUCGUGUCUGGCCAUCGAUCUCCCCGGUUGCGGUCGUUCGUCCUUCGCACCUACAGCAUGGGAAGCAUACACUACCGAGGCACUUGUCCAGCUCCUUGCUGUCGUGAUUGAAGCUCAUCGAGAUUGCGAUGGUGGGCAGCAGGUCGUCGUGAUCGGACACAGCAUGGGCUGCUCUCUGUCCGCUCUGCUCGCUUCGUCUUCCUCUCCGUAUGCGCAUCUCAUCAGUACUCAUGUCGCCGGGUUGAUUGCCAUCUGCCCUAAGAGUGACCCGCCGACCGAAAGGCAGGCUCGACAGCUGUCAAAGGCUGCAGCUGUGCCUGGGUUUCUGUUUGACCUUCUUAGGAGAUGGGAUCGAAAAGGAGGCUUGAACAGUGCUAGUGUGGUUCGCAUGGCAGGACCUGAAGCUGACGAGGAGACGAAGAGGCUUCAACUUCGUUAUAAUAGGCAAAGUCGAACCAAAGUCUGGCAGCGAAUGGCGUAUGGGAUGUGUCCUGACUACUCGACUGGCGUUCCGAAGGGAGGUCUUCCGGGGCAGGAAGUCUGGGCAGGUUUAGAGCUGCCGGUUUUUCUCGCAGCUGGUGCGGCUGAUCAAACAACCCCAGUGGAAAAUGUUAGGCGCAUCGUCGAAUUUCUGGGUAGGGAUGUGGAUGCCAUCGAACCUCCGAGCGAGAAGGCUAGUCUCCCAAUUGCUGCCGCGCCUAUAGACCCAGUCAGAGUCGAUCCAGAGAUGGCGGAACCAAAACACCAGGAUUCAGGUAUUGAUGCAGGCGAUCUACCGCACGUGGACGAUAACACUACUGGCCGUGCUUCGUCCUCGCACUAUUCUCAAGAUCAAACAUCCGUCCACACCAUGGCUUUGUCGUCAGCUGGUGAGAGCUCUGUCAUUACCCCUACCGGCACGGAUGCAACAGAUUCUGGAUCCACCAACCUGCCCGUGCCCUGCCCGCGCCGGUUGGUCGUGAAGACUGCGAUCAUGCCAAACCCUGCCGCGCAUUCUCUUCUGUUCGCGCCGACGAGUUCGCGUAUCAUAUCCGGCCUCAUCGGUAGCUUUCUUGCCGAUCACAUUGAUCCUCGACUCUCGCUCGCUUGGCAGCUGCAAUAUCUGUCAACGGAGGGCAAAUGGGAUGUCAAGAACUUCAAGAAAUGGCAGGCAGUGCAACCAGUUUCCCAACCGAUUGCUGGUAUAUUUCGCGCCAUGAAGACUCUCCGCGAAGUCGACGAGCAGCACUCGCCAAAGAUCUUUGUUAGACAAUGGGCAGGCAAGCUUCGCGCUGUCAUCGACAUCAGCCACGACUCCCCUGUCUACGAUCCUAAGGGCCUUGAAGCAGGUGGAAUCACGUACUACAAGUUUCCUACUGUUUCGAAACAGCCACCGACUAAAGACGAGGUGCGCACCUUCAUCGAGUUGAUCGACAAGAUACGCAGCGAGAAGAAAGAUGGCGACGAAGCUCUGAUCGGCGUGCACUGCCACUAUGGCUUCAACCGUACCGGCUUCUUCUUGGUCAGCUACCUUAUAGAGAAGUUAGGCUUCAAGGUCCAAGAUGCCAUCGAUACCUUCCAGCAAGCUCGGCCUCCAGGUAUCAGGCACAACCAUUUCAUUGACGAGCUACACGUUCGCUAUUUCCCUGGUCUGAAGAAGGCGCCUACCUUGUAA